GCUCAUCAACAUCGCGAAAAGAAGAAAAACAUCAGUGACCCCCCGACUCAUUGUGUACUUAUUCGUUUCCGUUUCUGAUUAUAGUUUUUCCCUUUAGAAAUGCAUGUAUCCCAAUUUUUAUCCAAAACGCCUGAGAUAACUCACCUCCGCUCCUCCACCACUUCAUUUUUCCAGCCUGUCCGUCCCCCGGAAAGCAGUUUGUAUGUGUGGGUGUCUUGGUGAUUUUUUAUGACUAUGUAUGAACCGAACAUCCUCCAGCGAUUUUUCGUGGCGGUCGCCAAUGUUCGUGACAAGAAUUCUGACGAUACGGUUGAGAGAUCUUCUCGAGGAAGAUGAUCACGAACAGCAGCAAUGGUUUGAUGGUGACGUCGAGGACAUGGCAGGUACUAGGGUCUUCCUGUAAGUAUCCGGAGGUGGUGAAAGAAAUAACAGAGCUACGACCGGUAAAGAGUCUGUAGUAAGUGUGAAGACGCGUGGCUCUCCCGCCGAACUAGCACACAUCUUCGGCAAAACCAGUUCCAGCCGGGUCGUCUUCUUCAGCUGCCUCUCACGACCAUCAUGGUGGUGACCAUCAGUGACAAAGUGGAGGAGCACCCGGUCGACGCCAGAAUUGUGGAGCUACAACAGCCUGGCACUACAACGCGCACAACGGCAGGAAGAGGCUCUACAGGUCGAGGAAAUAAAGGAAAUCGAAGUUCAUCAUUAGAUAGGACCAUUUCGGCGGACGAAGAUUCGAGCGGCUUUCACACGAAGAACUUGAGGACAGCGAAAAUGAAGCAAUCUACCGCGGCACAAAAUAAAUGGACAUCUUCAACAGACGAGAACAAAAGUAGCCUCACAACUUACGAGAUGAUGAACACGGGGAAAAAUAACGACAAACCGGACCAUGAAGGAGGUCUUGUCGCACCAGCCGCACAUUAUAACAACUUCAGCCCUGGUGAUGUUAAUGGUCAAGAACCGCAAAAAGAAGAUGAACAGAGCACCUUGCGCCGAUUGAGCGAAGCCAACCGCGACAUUAAGAGCCAGGCCCGGGGCCUGGAGUACAGCGAGCACAGCACCACGCCGCGGAACCUCCCACAGGGGGUCUACAAGAUCCGCGCCUCCGGCACGCUGGACAACUUCACUCCGCUGCACAGCGAGGAGACCGUCCACACGCGCGCCAAGUACACGGAGUCGGCCCGGUCCGCCAGCAAAAAGUCGGCCGACGAGGUGGACGCGCAGCGCAACGCGGACAUUUUGACGAAGGGCCUCACGUAUCAAAUGUAAAAAUGUCUGGGUCUGGAAGAUUCUGAGACUUGUCAUGCAUGUUUUGCCUGGGCCAUGAUGUCUGUGAUGCAUGCCCUAGCAUCACAGAUUUUUUGAGGGCUUCGCGAUGCCUAUUCCGCAUGACAAAUGCCCUCUCCGCGUAGCAAGAAUUACACUCCCUUUGCUGCUCAUGCAAUACAGAUUUUUUUGGAAUCCAAAUGCAGCAUCACAAGUUGCAUUCUUCCAGACCCAGACACUUUUACAUUUGAUAUCACGCCGGCGCAGUUGGUCGCCGUUACGGACGGACGGAGCAAGAUUUCCGUCGAAGACAAGCGGGACGAGACGGAGGAGCGGGUAUCAAAUGUAAAAAUGUCUGGGUCUGGAAGAAUGCAACUUGUGAUGCUAGCUUUGGAUUCUAAAAAAACCUGUAUUGCAUGACCAGCAAGAGGCGCCCAGUUUGUGCUACGCGGGGAGGGCGUUUGUCAUGCGGGAUAGGCAUCAGGAAGGCCUCUCGAAACAUGUGAUGCUAGAUCAUGCAUUACAGACAUCCUGAGUCAUGCAAAAUAUGCACGACAAACCUGGUAACCUUCCAGACCCAGACAUUUUUACAUUUGAUAGCGGGCGCCGCUGUACCACCCCGCGCUCGACACGCCGCCCACCUUCACCCAGUCCCUGGGCUCGGCGGUCACGAACUUUCUGCUGCUCUACAUCCUCAACUGCUCCUACGGCACGCUGAUUUUCAUCAACUUCCCCGCCUUGUACUCCUACGGCAUCCGCAUGGCGUUGGUCACCGGCGGCAUCUUCGGCCUGCUGCUCGCGGUCAAGUCGACGCGACAGGCCGCGUGCCAGAUCGGCGGCGCGGAUAUCACGCCCGUGACGCUGAUCGCGAGCCAAACGCUGCGGCUAUACGAAAGGCUGGAUUUGGAAUUUGAUUCCGACAACGUGAUCAAGACCAACGCCUCGUGGACGGAGGCGCAAAGGGCGGCGUACGUGAAGGAGAAGCAGGAGGUGGUUUUCGCCACGGUCUCGUUUAACGUCGCGACCUCCACGGUCGCGUUUAGCGUCAUGUUUCUGCUGAUCGGGUACUUCCGCAUCGGGAACGUCGCAAAUUACAUCCCGUCCAUCACGUUCAAGACCUUCCUCACCUGUGUGGGCGUGGAGGUCUGCUACUACGGGUGCCAGCAGUGCCGCUUCGAGGGUAGUCAGUGCGUGAUCGCCGCGACGCUGGGCUUUCUGUUGCACUUAUUCACGGUCCGCUUGAAGUUGUAUAACGUGGAGAUCUUGGUCCCCCUGCUGAUCCUGCUCCCCAUCGUGACCUUCUACUUUAUCGAGUUUGCCAUCCUGCAGACCAGCGACUUGGAGAGUCUGCAGCGGAAAAACUGGGUGUUCGAGAAGCAGCACGAGUCGCAGCCGUUCUACGAGGUGUUUUCGGACGGGUGGGCAAACUUCGAGAAGGUGGAUUUUAAAAAUUGGUUCAAGGACCUUCCGGCCAACUACGCCCCCAUGCUGCUGAUCGUGUGGCUGGACAACAUGGUGCAGCUCUCCACCUUCGAGGCCCAAACCCCGGCGACCUUCAACCUGAAUCAGGAACUGUUCCACCACGGAGUUUUCAACCUGCCGGUGGCGCUCUGCGGCGGCGUGGUGGGCUACCAGUUGUUCGAGCACUCGGUGCUGAAUUUCGAGCUGACGAACUCCGUCACCGACCGAAAGACCGGGAUCAUGAUGGGCUUUUCGCUCUUGGUCAUGUACUUCGCGGGCACGCAGCUGAUGGAGAUUUUACCCCGGUUCACGAUCGGGCAGUUGCUGUUCUUCUCCGGCUGCGGGAUUUUGGAUCAAAACGCGCUGCCCACGAUCAAACAGAUGUUCAACCUGCAACUGGACGAGGACGAGGUGAACUUGAUUGCCGUCGUUGCCGUCUACAUCGGCAGCGACUUCAAUUUGCUGAUGGCCAUGCUCACGGGCAUCCUCCUCGCCACCACCUCCUUCGUUGUGAAGUUUUCCGGGAUUCCCGCGGUUCGGUGUAUCUCCUCCGGGAUGUACGCGCGGAGCCGGGACUUGCGCAACCCGAUCGAGCAGAAGAUCAUCGCCCAUUUGUCCUCGCAGCAGGUGCUGGUGUUGCGGCUGUCGGGCUACAUGUUUUUCGGCUCCAUCACGGCGGUGAUUGACAUGAUCCGGCAGAUCCUGCACGAGGCAGACGAGGGCGAGACGGAGACCCCGUACACGCACGUCCGGUUUCUGGUGCUAGAUUUGUCACUCUCUUCGGGCUUCGACGCGUCCGCCGCCCAGAAACUGACCAAUUUCAUCAUGAAAAUCGAGAUGGGCGAGAUCGGGUUUCAUAUCGCGAACGACUACGCGUCCAACCGGCUGGACGUGGUGUUUUCCGGCGUGAGCCCAGCACUGGAGCGGUUCAUGCGCGAGACCAAAAUGGUGCGGGGGAACGAGGUGUUUCGCGAUCUGCGCAUGGCGCUGGCGUUUACUGAGGACCAAACCACCGCGUAUUUUCUCAAGCAGCAAGAAAAAUUCCUCCACGCGGUGGGGAACGUGAUGGACUUUGACGGGAGCGGGGUCGGUUUGACGUCAAAAUCUGUUCUUUCCGAUGCGAUGGAGGAACAACGGAAGAAGCAGGGCCGGAUCAAGAUCAAGCUGUACCGGGAACUGGCCCUGGCCAAGCAGAAAUUCGAUCCGUUCGCGGAAAUUUUCCCGGAUCUGCCGUCCAGGCUAGGGAUGUGGGACUACUUCAAGCCCGUGAAGUUUAAGCAGGAGGUGGUCAUGUUCGCGGCCCAGGUGCACCACCCCUACUUGUACGUGAUCAUCCACGGCGACGUCGGGCUUUACACAAAUUUGGAGGCGCUGCACAGUUUAAACAAGGACGAGUACGAAUCCCUCUCCAUCGCGCCGCGCGUGGUCUUGUCUUCCGGGUUUCUGCUGAACCCCGGGGCCAUUGUCAACUGCGAGAACUCCUCGGUUUCGUCCAAUUGCCCCUGGGACUUCGCGGUUACGUUGACAGACGAGGUCUUCUGCUUAUCAAAUGUAAAAGUGUCUGGGUCUAGAAGAGUCAUGCUGUUUCUGCAUGACACAGAAGGUCUGGCAUGGAAGCUCUAGCAUCAAAGGUUUCGAGAAGCUUCCGCAAUGCCGAGCCCGCAUGACAAGUCCCCCAUUUUGGUGACAGAAAGUGAGCAGCUUUUGCUACCUAUGCAUGAGAGAUUUUUGUGUGUUCCGAAAUGCGCAUCACAGGUUACAUCCUUCCAGACCCAGACAUUUUUACAUUUGAUACUGCUACCAGUUAAGCAACGCGGAUUUUCAGAAAAUGCGCGUCGAUCACAAGUACAUGGCGUUCUCGCUCCUCGCCGCCUGCGCCAGCCAGCAGGGCUACGUGAGCCGCACGCAGCACCAGGAGUUGGCGCUGGAGUACAACUCCUUCAGCACGAUCAAGAAAAAGAUCGACGUGGACAGUUUGUUCGGGCGGGGGCAGAGCAACGUGUUUCUCGGGAAUUUCUUCAAGCACGGCCGCACCGUCGGCACGGUGCUGGGGCAGGCGAAGGAUAAAUUGAAAGGGGGGGAACAGAGUGCCGAUGAUGGAACAACCAAAGGGGUGGACUACAAUGUCGCGAGCCAGAUCGCGGAACGGCAAAGGGUCGAGAUCAAAGAGAAGGAUAAACUGAGCGAUUUGUUCCACGCCGGGCCCGGUGGGGGGCUGGAUUUGAAAAAGUUAAAAGAAGCGCUGGGGAAAACGGAAGAACAAGAUGGAAAUCUUGAAGAUGCUGCGGUAAAGCACGAGGGAUCUGAAUCUGCACCUCCUCCCGGAAGCGCAGCAGCAGAAGAGGGUACUAAAGAUCUUCCCAGCGCCGGCGCGACGAGCAAAGACAAAGAGGCAGAAGAUGCUGCUGCAGCUCCUGCCCCCGAAAUAACCACAGGAGCGCCGACGCCAGCAGCUUCCUUGGACGUCGGCCCAUCGGAUGAAAAUAAUAAUAAAGGUCCACUACCAGCUGGGGCGAAGAACAAAUUUUUGAGGGCCGUCGUCCGCCAGCAGUCCUCUACUAAGACAAACACCGAGGGAGAGCACUCCAUGCCGCGGUCCGUGCAUUUUCCCCGGGGCAGCCGAAGCGCCACGCGGAACCUCUCGGUGGAGUUGGAGGAUAUCGGGGACGACUUUGCGCUCGAAUUUCUGGAUGACGACUACAACGAAGAUAGCGGUAAAUUGGUCGUGAAACAAGACGAUGAGGAGGAUGACGGAACGCCUUCGAAAAAGUCUGCGAGCACGAAAGGUAGUUUGAAAUUCCAGCUGAAGCGCGGUGACACGUGGAAAGCGAUAUCCCGGUCCAACACCAUCAAGCACCUCUCCCUGGUUCAGGAGGGCCUGGUGGGGCAACUCGCGUCGAACGAGAUGGAAAAGCCGGAGAGUCCCUUGCAGGAGUACUACUUCACGGAGCCGAGUUUGAUCCGCGGGGAGCCACCGUUGAUAACCCGCUUGAUCGAAGAGGUGCGGAUCGCCUACUCGUUUGAAUCGCUGGGGGCCUACGACGACGAUGAUCUUGCGGGGGCGGACGGCGCUUUCGACACCCAGGUGCAGAUCGGGGAAGCACAGAAGGAGAAAGAUGAAAAAACGCUGUGCUUUAUCGACCAGCAGGACCGGAAGAAACGGUGGCGCCGGCAAAAGGACGCGGACGAAGAGCAACGGAAAAGUUCCGCGUCCAGCAAUAAUUUGUCAUCGGGUGAACAAGAAGUACAACAGGAGCGGCAGCCCCGCCCGCUGCCGAAGCUGCUGUUGCAGAAUCUGGACAGGGCCUUCCGGCGGUUUUCGCGAAAAGUAAGGAUGAAGUUUGGCGUUUCCCGGGUGAUCCGAAAAAAGGACGUGGAAUCUGCCAUGCGGUACGCGGGGAUUUUUGUGAAAUCCGGCUACGAGGUGAAGUUGGAGGAGAAAUUUCUCGGCCCGCAAACCGGCACGACUUCGGACACGGCCCUGACCGAGAGCACAAACGCCUUUCUACUGCAGCGGCACGAGCUCGCAAAGAAGGAAACGGUGACUGAGGGCGCCGCGGCGGCCUUGUUCGAAGGGAAUAAGACUUCCGAGAUGAAGAAAAUGACUCAGGUGGAGAAUGACAGCGCAACGCAAGCUGCGAAAGCCAAAAAAAAUAACAGCCCUAGUACAACAUCUACUGCCGAAGUAGAGCAGCACUCCGAAGGAGCGGCUUACCUUGACCGCGCGGAAUUUCUUGCGUUGGGCAAAGCCCGCUCCAUGUACCCUCUCCCGCGGCAAACCGAAAAGAAGUUGCUCGACAUUUUGAACAAAAUCGCGAAUGACCUGAAAGUCGACUACUUUUCCGAGCGGGUGUUCGUGCGCGCGAUGAAACAGGCCCUGAACCUCCACCUGUCGCCCGCGCUGUUCUCCCGCAUGUUGGAAAUUUACGACGACGACGGGAACGGCCGCCUCGAGCCGGAGGAGGUCCUGGGCAUCAUCAGCAACCUCGCCGCGGUGUACUACCCCCACUACCAGGUGCUCAAAGCGUGGCGGUUGCUUUCCCGGGAGAGCAGCAGUCCCAGCAAAUCGGGUGACUUUUUCACGAAAGCGAUCACCUUGGACGAGCUGAGCCACACCCUGAAAGUGUCCAGGGCGGAUGCGCGCGAACUCAUCUGGGCGUCCGCGUUCGAGGAGAAGGACGACGCGCAAUUUUUGUUCCCGCAGUUCCUCGCGUUACUCUACCUCGCGCCAAAAAGGAUUCAAGUGCUGGGCGAAGACGUGGUGAAUCUAGUCGACACGUUGCAUCCCGGGGGGCUGAGCCUAAGUCAGUUGAUAGGCGGUGGGGGCCCACAUUCGCCCAUAGACUCUAGGCAAUGGACAAAGGAAAACUACGGUCCAGGCGCCGGUAGCUCAUCUCUACACUCGGAUACAUUGUUCCCCUCGUCUCUGUCGUUUGCGUCGAUCUAUGGAAAUACUAAAGGUGGGUCCUCUGAAAUCGCAACCGGGGCUCCUCCUGCGGCAGGUUCUUCGCAUCUCGAAGAGGGUGGAACUGGACAGGGACCGGAACGAGAAGGACAACACGAGCAUCUGAAAUUUUUUGACGAAGAUGGGGAUGACUUAUCUAGAAGCACUGUGCGGACAUACAACUCGGAUAGCGACGUAGAUGGCAGCUUGUUGGAGGAAGAUGUAGAACGUGAUAGCGAUGGCGAUUUGGAAGACAAGUAUCCGUAUGAUGACGUGUUUAGAGAGUAUUUUCCUCCUGUAAGAAGAAGUUAGUAGGUAAAGGUACUGUUAGGUACUGUUAGAAAUAAAUAAAUCCUCGAAAUCCAUACUUACAAGAGUGCUUAACUUGUGUAAGUACUUCUGCGGUGCAGAAUUUCGGAGCUGCGGUACAGACAACUUGGCCUUCGUCUAAACCGAAAAUGGCUUCUUCACUGUGCUGCAGCCGGUGCACCUCAGUUUAUUCUGUUUCGCACAUCAUUACACAAUGCAUUAGUCUAUGUUCCCGCCUAGUACUAGUUUUUACAAAUUAAGAAGAAACUUACUUUGCGACUGUUGCCCGACUGCUCCUUUUGAAAUGGAAGCGGUGUGAUCUUCCAUGAAGUGCGCAGACCGUGUUUGCGUGUCUUGCCUAC